AUGGAAGAAUUAAAAGAAAUCAUAUAUAAAUUGAAAAAAUUAAAAAAGAAUUUAAAUAAUAAAGUUACAAAUAUGAAUUACGGUGAUUACAUGAUUAAUAAUCAUUAUAUUGAAAAAAAAAUUGUUUAUAUUUUGUAUCAAAUAAUAAAGAGCUACUAUUAUUUACUAACUCUUUAUGGUAAAAGAAGUAAAAAAAAGAAAAGAAAAAAGGAAAAUAAGAUAAAAGAUAAAGGCAGAAAUAAGAAUAAAAAGUAUAUAAAUGAAGAAAUUAUUUUAAAAAAAUUGAAGAGAAAAAAAAUAAUACAAAAUAGAUAUACAAAAAAAAUAAAAGAUUUUCUUAAAUCAAACAAAUCAAUUAACAUAUUUAAAAAUUAUGUUGAAAAAAAAUAUUUAAAGCAACAUAUUAACUGUGAUAACAAAAAAAAACGUAAAAUACUAAUAAACAUAGAAACAAAUAUUUAUUUUAAUAAUUUCAUUGCUCACAUAAUCAAUUUUCUAUAUUUUAUUUUUCAAAAUGAUAUUAAUAAUGAAAAUUUCAAAAAUGAUUAUUCAAAUAAUAAAUUAAGAAAUGAAGUACAUAAAUUAUAUAAGAAUUCCAAUUUUAGUAAUUACAAUAUAAUUAAUAAAGAGUCAAUUCAAGGAAAUAAGCAUGUAAGUAUUAUAAACAAAAAAAAUAAAGAAGUAGAAGAUAUUUAUACUAUAUUUAAAGAGAAAAUUCCAAAUAAAAAUAAUAAAUUAUUAAAAGAAUAUAGUUUUUUCAAAGAAGAAAAUAUUAUUAAAAAAGAUAACCUGAAAAUAGCAAAUACAUCUAAUAAAGAAAUAACAUGUAAUGAUUUAGAUGUAAUAAAACAUCCUAUCAAAAAACAAGAGAAAGACGAUAAUAAGAAUAGCGAUGAAAACUAUUUUUUUUUUCAUUUAUAUAAAAAAAAUAUGUAUCUUAUUAAUAAAAAUAUAGAAUCAUAUUAUUAUUAUUAUAAUUCUUUUAUUAUUAGAAGUAUCGAUUCAAAUUUAUUAUACAUUAUUGACAAUGAUAUGAAUUUGUUGAAAAUCUUGUUUUACUUUGAUGUAGUAAACCUUUUUGUUAUUUAUUUAUUUAUUAUAAAUUGUAAAAAUCAAGAAAUGUGUAAAUACUUAUCUAUUUUUUUAAUUAUAAAUAUAAAAUUUAGAAGAAACUUUAAAUUAUAUUUUAAUAAAUUAUUAGAAAAUAAAAAUAUUCCUAUCCUUUUUUAUGUUUUUUCUAACAUUUUAAAGAAAAAUAUAUUUAAAGCAAAUAACAAAAAUAAUGAAAAUAAACUAAUGGUUUCCAUUAAUAAUAAUGUAUCAAAUGAUUCCUUAUAUAAUACUACUUCAUUAAAAAAAAAUAAUUUAUAUUUGAAAAUGAACUUAAAAGAAUUCUAUAUUAUGAAAACUACGAAUGAUAUAAAAGAAAUUAAUAGGAUAAAAAAAAAAAAUAAUACUUUUUUAUUUUUAUACAAAAACAGUGAAUAUAAUAAUGAUGAAAGAUCAUCACUUUUAAUAAGUGAUCAUAAUAAUAUCAACAAAAAGGUAAACAAAAUAAUAAACAUAUAUGACAAAACGAAAGAUAAAAACAAAAAAAAUGAAUAUAUUAAUAAAUCUAGAAUUUCUCAUACUUCUGAUGAAGAAAUCUUAAAAUUUUCAAAAAGUAAAAAUGAAAAAAAAGAAAAACAAUUUUCAUAUGAAAAUUUAUUUAAUUAUUUUAAUACAAUUAAAAAUACUUCAAAUGAAAAAAAUGACUAUUACUAUUAUUAUUCCUUGAUUAAAGAUGAAAAUGAAAUCGAUUCAGUAAAUCUUACAUUAAGUGUUAAUAAUACAAAAGAUGAAAAUAUAUUUUUUUAUAAAAGUUACAUAAUAGAACAUAUUUAUAAUCUUUUUUUAAAUAAAUAUAAUUUAAAACUUAAAAAAAAUACUUAUGUUUCAAAUGAAACAAAAAAAGAAAAUAACACAUCCUUAUUUGAUAAUUACAAAAAAUUAUUUCAUAAUUUUUUUUUUAUUAAAAAUAUUUUAUAA